GUUGACUUUGGGAUCCAUCAAAUUCUAGACGAAAUGAUCGACGGUGUCCGGUAACCGUCGAUACUCAUGUGACACAUUCAAAUCUUCUCUCCCUUCUCAAGACAGACUAAAGUCCUAGACAGCCACUGUCUAAGCCGUUGGGUGGAUAUGCUUAUUCACACUAACAUUGAACCCUUGCCUUGAGACAAGGAGAUAACUACAGAGUCACUAAUGACGAGGGAAGACGAUCCCCUGCGCGACUGUGUGAAAUACUCCGAAAGCAAGGGAUAGCUUUUGGUUCAACGCAAAACCUUUUUUCCCCUCUUGCAUUUCCUGUUCGGCUUUUCUGAUGUGCUCAUUUGCCUUGCUGACAUGAUUUUGGUCAGCAAACGUCGUUGCUUCAGCAUCGGGCUGUUUGUACCACGGCGUUGAAGUCAGAUGAAUCAGAACAUCCAAGUUGGCGGAAGUGAUGCUUAGAACAAGGGGCUGAAAGCUUACACCAGAUGAAUCUACCUCAGCAUACGGUAGACUGACUAGCAGCUAUUUUGCAGACGUGCAGCUCAAGGUUCCUGGGCUAGACGAUGACAACCACACCCUCCUAGAUCAACCACCUACAUUGAGCAAUGAUGAGGGUGAUCAAGUUUAUCAUCCGCACGAUCAUAUGUGAUGACGAAGAUGACUGCCAAAUCUCUUUUAUAAGAUCAACGGUCGCCUGACCAGCAAUAAUUUGCCUAUUUGCUGACUUGGCAUUCAUGCCGGGUGUUUCAAUGGAUAAAUGGCCUGAGAAAGGGCAAUUGACAAUCAGCACGUCAAAGUUCACAAAACCUUUCACCAAAUUCCGAACUACACAGCCUCAACAUGGAUAUACCGUUGCCAUCUCGGGGCUUGCAGCUGUCUCGAAAACAGAUUGUUCAGCGAGUCUUUCUCAAACAGCGCAGUUCGGCACCAGAGGCCCAGCACAGCACUUCAUUGUGCUGGGCCUCCGAAUCACAGGGGAAAAGUCCAUAGCGAAAUCUUGUCUAUACCACAACGCUUCGCAUACCAAGGCUACUGGGCUCUAGUGAAUGUCAAUCUUCGGUCGUGGCUCCCCGCAAUGUAGCCUCUGUUGAGAUAUGGGUGUGGAAACUCUUGUCUGCUGUGGUGUCCGAAAAUAGACAUGAGCCUGGCUGAGACUGCUAAGCUUCGAACAGCCAUGGGCAUACAAGAGGUGAAAGGGAACAUGGCGAUGUGCAUCAGAACCCUUUAUCACUUCAUCGGUGAGUGUUGGAGAGGCUCAUCGGAUUUAUGUUCUACGAGCCCAGAAUUGUUUGGGCAUUGAUGUUCCCAUCACUGUCACUGGACUCGUCAGUAGAACUGCGUUACAUUUUAACAGUGAAUGCAAGAAGCAAGGAUUCAUUGUAAAUGGGGGCCUUAUUUAUACCAAGCAACUGGAAACUCAUGUGCCGCAUUCUUCUCCCCUCUUCAUCUUCUCCUCUUCAUCUUCAUCUUGGUCUUCGGAUCCCAAAGCGUUGGCAUCAUCAACAACUUCUGGAGUGGAUAUCCAAUACCUACCAAGCUCGAGACGACCCGCUAAAGCUAAUUCAUCGGGCCUCCAAGGAAACAACACGAUACGAUAGGCAGAUCAAAAAGGUCAGUAAAUCAUUUUCCAACAAUCGCAAUCACUAUCAUACCGUGUUCGUUUCGUCCAUCACUCUGUUCUUGGAGAGUCAAUACACUACCCCAUUUGCCGAGAUCAUUUCUACUCUUUUCAUACCAAAGAUCUCACCUGUCCUAGUACAUACAACAGUCAGCUAUGGAGCCCACCAACAAUAUCAAGGGCCUCAUCCGCCAGUCACCGCCCGUCGAUGUGUCCAAGCCCUACGAUGCCACAACUUUGAAGGGCAAGACUAUUGUCAUCACCGGCGGUGCUAACGGUCUUGGCUCUCACAUGGUUCGCGAAUGGGCAUCGCAUGGGGCAAAUAUCAUCAUCGGCGAUGUCGCUGACGCAGCGGGCGAAGAGCUCGUAGCUGAACUUACUACUCAGUAUCCGGACUCAGCUUUUGCUUUUCAGCAUUGCGACGUCACCGACUGGGAAUCACAGGUCAGUCUCUUUGAGACGGCUGUUCACGUCAGCCCUCAUGGAGGCAUCGAUAUUGUCGUCCCCAACGCCGGCAUCAUCCUUCCCGACGUCUCCAUUCAGUUUGAAGAGCCUGUUCUCAAGAAUGGACGUCUUCCAAAGCCCAACACGGCUCAGUUUGAUGUCAACAUCACUGGUGCUGCCUAUACCACUCACCUUGCCCUGUACUGGCUCCCACAGAAUGGAUCUUCCCCGCGAGAUCGUUGCCUGCUUCUUGUCGGUUCGCUUGCGUCUCUGUGCCCUUUCCCAACUCAAACCAUGUACACGAUGAGCAAGCAUGCUAUUCUUGGUCUCUUCCGCACUCUUCGUGCUACGUCUUUCCGGAGUGGCGUUCGUGUCAACAUGAUCACUCCCUACUAUGUCUCCAAGUCCAACAUGCUCAAGCUCCCCAUCGAAGCAGCCUUCCUCUCAGGCACAGCAGGCGGGGCAAUGAUCGAGGAUGUCAUUGAUGCUGCCACUCGCCUCAUUUCUGAUGAAGAGAUUGCGGGCCGUGCACUCUGUGUCGGUCCCAAGCUCAAGUCCGCUGGUGUGGAGGGUGUGGAGGAUGUGGAUGCUCUCAUGGCCGUCCAGGACUCUGAGAACAACGGUCAAGGGCGUGCUGUAUGGGAGUGCUACGCUGAUGACUAUGACAACGUUGAUGCGUUUGUGAAACGCUUCAUCUUGCUUCUGAACGCCGCUGAAAGAGUCAAGGGGUGGUUUGGUAUCUUCACUGACAUUUGGGGCAUGCUGCGACGCAAGUGAGCGGCAGCCGAGGAUCGUCAAGGACCCAGUGCGGUCGCUUUCGGUGUCGGUUUCAUGGAUAUUUGAGCAGUUGGAUUGUGAUCGGUCUUUGGAGACACGUCAUAGCCAAGGGUUGGUUACGCACGAGAUCAUGUAUGCAGACUAUUACCAAGUCAUGAGGAUAGCAUGAGACGUAUCGUAAUGGAUAACAGGACCAUAGGCAUGUACACAAAUAAAGAAUUGAAUGACUCAUUGUGACUAUAAGAUAAGAUCUCGUAUAUGUGAUGAGUUGUGGCAUCAAUGCACAAAU